AUUAAAAUAUAUCAAGAAUAUCUAAUUGAUUCUAAACAAAACAGACUUUAUUGUUAGCAAGAUAAUAGACCAUACAUGUUUAAUCGUCUAAUCCUUGAAAAAAUAUUGAUUAUUUGAUUACAGAAACAUUUUCUAAAUGAAGAAAAGAAAUUCAUUGGUUGAUAAAGGUUUAACUGACGCAACUCCAUCUUCUAAGAGGAAGUGUUCUACACCUAAAUCCAGAGUUAUACGUAAUUUGCAACAACCUAAUUCAUCUGAAAAGCAGACAUCAGUUCCUGUGAAGUCAAUAUUUGGUAGGGUAUUUACAGACAUAACAAAUUUGACUCAUGUGGUGUUAGAAGAGUCUCUUUGUCCUAGAGGGAAAAAUUUAUCAGUAACUGAUACAGGUUCACUAGAUGAGAACUCAUAUCUAACACCUGUUUGUGUUAGACAAUCAUUGUCUUCUCAAGAACCAUACUCUUUAUGCUCGGUUCCAAUUACUGCAUCCAUUCACUACUCUCAAUGCCAGGACUAUAUAAAUUCAACUGCUGAUAUACCAAUUAAACAAUCAACCUCAUCACUGGGCAGCAAGGAUUUCCUAAGUUCUAUUAGAUCCGAAGCAAUCAAAUCAACAUUGGCAGAUGAAAAUGUUCAAAACCUUUCAUCAGUCAGAAUAAGCCAAUCUUAUGCUCAACUUGGAGCAGAUACCUUUUUAUCCGACAUAAGAAGAGAAGCUACAAAAACUAAGAAGAGAACUGCUAAUAGGGUGUUAGGAGACAUAUCAAACCAACCUGAUAGAAGAAGACGACAUGAACCACUUGGGAGCAGUGUAUUAUAUUCUGCACAAAACAAAGAAAAUUAUACACCAAACUUUGAAUAUUCAGAACAGCAACCAAAACAAAGAAAAUCUAAGAAGACUCCAAAUUUGGAAGAUUGUCGUGUAAAUUUAUUUGACUCCACACCUUUUGAAGAAGAAGAAAUUUCUGAUCUAGAACAGGAAUAUGAUGUGAGUAGUCAAGAAGAUAUGGGUUCUGAUAGCAGUUCUGGAUAUGAAACAGAAUUAUCAGUUGAAACAGAUGAAGUAAUACAUGUUCAGAAAGCCCUCAUUGACAUUCCUUAUUUAGAUCACGGUGAUCCAAAUUGGAAAUGUCAAUACUGUGGUGCUAUGAUGUGGCAUUUCCGUGAGAAUAUCAGAGCUUACAACAUGUUAUUCAAUAUGACUUCCUUUGGCGGUAAAGUUGAUAGAUCUAAUCCACAGGGAAAAGGUCCUAACCAUUUCCAACUACAUGGAGCCAAUUAUCAUUUGAUUGGUAGUAUGAUUCCUGGUGAAGGAGAUUAUGCUAAAUUCUCACAGCUUUAUAUUGUUGAUACUGAGAAUGAAGUUGAUAACAGAUCUACUGUCAUGAGCAAGGGAAAGAAUCCAAAGAAAACAACAGUCAAGAAUCAAGUCAGAAAGGACCUCAUUGCAAAGCUCAUCAAAUUGUUAGAUGAUUGCAAUCCCUACGUUGAAAAUUUCAGGAUGGCAAAAGAUAAGUUGGAUAGUAAUGAUGGUGAACCGUUCUACAUGAAGAUUGUUAGUGAUAGGGUAGGAAAAGAUGGAAGAACUUAUUCCAACCCUACAGCGUCUGAAGUUGCAGCAUUGAUUCCCGGAGAUUUUCGUCCUGAAAUGCCUACAAGUGAUAUUAUUGUUCAAGAUAAGAAAACAGGACAGCUUUCACGAAUAAGCAAAGUUCAUCCUUCUUAUGUCCCAAUGCAAUAUCCUAUCAUAUUUACUUAUGGUGAAGAUGGAUUUAGACCAGGAAUAGAAAAGGGAUAUACAGGCAAGACAGAAAAACAAUCAAACAAGUGUAUAAGUAUGAGGCAGUGGUAUGCUUUCAGAAUACAAGAGAGAUUUCAUGAAGCACAGACGCUACUACGUUCAAAGCGUUUGUUCCAACAAUUCUUGGUAGAUGGAUACACAACACUGGAAUCCAACAGGCUGUCCUAUAUUAAAUUUAACCAGUCUAAUCUGAGAUGUGAGAAUUAUUCUACUCUUAAGGCUGCCUCAGAAGCUGGAAACACCAACAUGGGUGAACAAGGUAAAUCAAUACGUAUUCCAUCUUCUUUUACUGGUGGACCUCGCUAUAUGUUGAAUAGUUAUUAUGAUGCUAUGGCUACGUGUAAAAUGUAUGGUUUCCUAGACCUGUUUAUAACAUUUACAUGUAACCCCAAGUGGCCAGAAACAACUAGAUAUUGUAAAGAGCGUAAACUUAAUGCGGAUGAUAGACCAGAUGUUGCGUGUCGGAUAUUCAAGAUGAAGCUUGACUCUCUUAUGAAAGAUUUAACAGAAGACCAUCUUCUAGGAAAAACUGUCUCUGCUAUGUACACAGUGGAGUUUCAGAAAAGAGGACUACCACAUGCUCAUAUACUCUUAUUCAUGGAUAAAAGUUGCAAAUUCCCAACAUCUGAUGAUAUUGACAAUAUCAUCUCUGCUGAGAUUCCAGAUAAAGCUAAGGAUCCUAAGUUAUAUGAGGUUGUAAAGGAGUGUAUGAUAUAUGGUCCAUGUGGUGCGGCCAACAAAGAUUCACCAUGUAUGGUUGAUGGCAAGUGUUCUAAGUUUUUUCCUAAGAAAUUGGUUGAGCAAACAACAGUUGGUAAAGACGGAUACCCAAUAUAUAAAAGGCGGGAAUCUCAGCACUUUGUUGAAAAAGGUGGUAUUAAGUGUGACAACAGUUAUGUUGUCCUGUAUAAUCGUCUUUUAUCAUUGCGUUAUAGAGCUCACAUCAACGUUGAGUGGUGUAACCAAUCCGGUUCUAUCAAAUACUUAUUUAAGUAUAUUAACAAAGGGCAAGAUCGUGUAGCUAUCGUUGUUGAACCUAAGGACAAGAAUACUGAUACAGAUAGUGGAUCAGCAAAUGGCAGUAAAGAAAAAAGUAAAGAUGAAAUCAAAGAUUACUUCGAUUGCAGGUAUGAUAUAAUAUUCCUUACUGAAUAUAUCUACUAUAUCAGUUCUAUAUUUUCAGUUUGCAAUAAUUAACUGUCUAUUCCCUUACUAAAUAGGUAUGUUUCAG